AACAUAUCAUAGGGAACGGUUCGUGUUCAUUUUGGCAGUAAAAAAUAAUUUUUUUUUUUUUUUUACCUGUUUUUACAAACAAUGGACUCUGCGACAGUUGAUUCGGUGUAUGAAAAUCUUUUUUCAGCUCAAAAUUUCUUUGCAAUGCACGAGCAACAACAAAUAGAUAAACAAAAUUCGAUGAUGGCCAACAACUCGCUGAUAGAUCUCGAUAUGUUUCGUUAUGAGGACGGUGGUGGUGAUGCAUGCGGUUCGCUGCUGCUGGGCGAGGAUUAUUGCAGCAGUUUCAAGGAUGACGCCCUCGGAGGGGCAGCAAGCAGUGGCAGUAGCAGUAGUGGCAACACCGAAGGCAACAACACCACCAACGACAGCAACAACAGCAGCAGUACUAGCACCGGCAUUGGAGCAAUAGAAACAGCAGCAGCAGCAACAACAACGACAACAGGAGGAGCAGCAACAGCAGUAACAACAAAGACAACAUCCUUGCUGGAUUGGCAGGCGCAACCACAGCCGCUGGACAAGGAUAAAAAUGAAACAAUGAAAUCUCUGAAUGCAUUUCAAAUGCAUUCCUCAAUGACAGACAAUCGAGGAGCACCACAUGACUGUCUCUGGUCCUCACAAUUUCGACAGCUACGACCACCACCAACAAUUCAGAUCGGAGAAGAGAAAUUCGUACUACGCACCGAUACCAUAUUUGUAUUAGGCAUGCGACUAAAUGUGACUAAAAACGACAUAAUCGUCUACUUUGGCAAGAUGGGCCACAUCAAAAUGGACGAUCUGACGUUGAAGCCAAAGAUCUUUGUGUACAAGAAUAAGCUGACUGGUCGCUCGAAGGGUGAAGCCACUAUCACAUACACAAGCCCCUAUGCGGCGCAGACAGCCAUAUAUUAUUUAGAUGGCGCCAAAUUUUUGGGUCAAGUGCUGAGUGUUGUACCGGCUUAUCUUUCCACACGGCCGGGCAAGAGCGUACGUUUCAGUUACGCCCAGGAUCCGGUCAUCGAUCAGCAGCGUCGUCAGCGACAGAAGAAAUGGAAGCCCGCCAUUGAUAAUUGGGUCUGUGAAUUGUGCAGAAACAGCAACUUUGUGUGGCGACUCAGCUGCAAUCGUUGUCGUGUUAGCAAAAGUGAAGCCAUCACAAUUAACAAUGCGUCCGCAUCGUCAUCCGCCGCCUCAGCCAACGGUGGACAAAACAAUUGGCGUCCACGUAAGCACGAUUGGACCUGUGGCUAUUGCUUCAAUGUGAACUUCUGGUAUCGUCAGAAAUGCAAUCGUUGCCGUGCACCCAAAGCAGAGCUGCAAGCUAGCUCAGAAUCAGAUAGGGAUAAGUGGGAGCUGGUUGUCAGCCAGACUUCCGUGGUUUAACUUGACCAAUUAACAAAUACUUCUUUAUAGGCACACCUCUUUUUUUAAAUUGAAAGUGAAUUAUGGUUCCAGUUAUAGUACUGCCAAUUUUUUUUAACCUUUAUAUAUUGACAAGGAGUCUAGUCGAAAGUCUCUAACAAUUUUGCAUCACAUUUUGUACAGUUUUGCAAUAAAUGAAAAGUGGCGUCUUUACAUGUUUACCUAAA